AUGUCUCUUGAGUUGAAUUCGAAAUAUGUAAAGACAGGUGCAUGGACGAACGUGGAUGGAGGGCCAGUUCUGGGAAGGACUAUCACGACUGAUACGCAAACAGGCAAUCUUGUCGUUGCCAUGCUAGCUGUGUUGUCAACUCUAGGAACUGCGCAUCUUUGGCAUCUGAUCGCGUUUGCGAUUCAUCAAAUCCGCGCCAACGGUCGUCCAGCGGAUGCCAUGUUCAAGCAACAGCAGGCACUGCUGCGUACGCUUCCAACACCCAGCUCAGUUGUCGCCGAAGCGCUAAAACUAUGGUGGGCCUGGAGGAAGAACACAGAUCGACCCCUCUUACGUUCCAUGGUAUUGGUACUUGUCGCAAUGCUCUUCACGGCGGUCACAGUCGCGGCGUCCGUCUUCUCAUCCUUUGUCGUCGACAGUGGCUCCAUCGAAGUGCUAGUCAACUCGCCGCUAUGCGGAAGAAUCAACGGGACUGGAACUGCCUGGAGGACUUACAUCACCACUUUAAUCGCGAAUGCUCCUGUCUACGCCGGAGCGUGCUACCGCAAUGGUUCACUCCCCGCCCUCUGCAACGAUGCCUUCACGAAUGUAAACAUACCACUUACAGUCGGAAGCACGCCCUGUCCGUUCAAUGAAACCAUGUGCGGUACCAAAAACGCCGUUACUGUCGAUUCAGGCCUUGUAGAUGUCGGUAAGAUGUUCGGACUAAACCUGGCUGCCAAAGAUCGUGUAAUGUUUCGGAAGAAAAUUUCCUGUACCGUUUUACCUAGUGAAGGGUCUUACGAAGUCUUCGACUUAGAACUGAUACCCAGUCUGGUACCUGCGGAUCGUUUCAUCUUUCCUGGCGAACAGAUUCUGGCCUUGUUGUACGGACCAACAGAUCGGACGAGAAUAGAGAGCUACAUAGGAUACCUCCUUGUGUCUAACAUCACUGGUAAUCCAACCAUUCCGCUUGGCUCGGUAUGGUACAGAUCGCCGGUCAACAGGGUGCCGCAAGGGUGGUUUCCUCUGGAAAGCUUCUUCCCUCUUCAAAUGAACGAUGGGCCAGAUGGAGAUUUGAUUUUGAAACCUUUCAUGCAAAAUCGCCUUAUGUUUGCCACGCCAACUAAUGACCCGCUGUAUUCUUCACACAAGAAUAUUUCUUCGUGGGAUCUGGGUCAAGAGGUCACAAAUUAUGCGUCUGACGACCCUGUGAAAGGGGUUGCAUGUACCCAGCAUUUCCAAUACUGUCACGCUAGAGACGGUCAGGACGAUUACUGCACACCGUUCCAAGGUCUACCCUAUCAUGAGAUGAACAAGACCCAUUUUCCAGAUUCCAGUAGCAUGCAGCAAGCAGUACUACAGCUUCUUAUUAUGUCAAGCUGGCUACACACUACUGCAAGGGUGCAGACCAAUCAAGCCUCGGACUUAGAGGGUCGGUCUACCUACAUGAUUCCGUCCAUGCCCGACGACUUCUGGAAACGGGAGGUUUUAGGUUGGGAACAGGAGGUCUGGGCUGCGAUGCAGAUGGCCGUUUCUCAAUACGCGAUUGGGCCUAAAGCGAGCGAUCCAUUUGCAGAUGCGUAUGUUAUUGCGCCGCAGACUGAGGGCGAGAAAGCGCUUUGUGGAGCGCAGAAGAUGAAAAAGUCUGGUGGAUUCGUCAACAUCAACAUCUUCGGCCUCUCCUUCGUCAUCACUUUUUCCAUCCUCGUCGCAAUCGUCGACAUCACGCUUCUAAAAUUCCUCGUCUACCUCACUCGCUUCCGCCGUGCACUCGGCCCCCGUAUCGCUCGCUGGACACAAGAUGGAGUAUGGCAGCUCCAGCGUCGAGCCUACGAAGGCGAAGGCCACCGCAACUGGACCGAUUUAGAGAGUGAAAUUCCGCUCAUGGAGAAGGGGCAUAAACUCAAGGAUCUGCCGAUUAUGUGGCGACCUGGCAAGAGCCCGAUGGUAAAGCAGCCGUCUUCAUUCGCUUCAACAGAUUCUAUGGUAUCUCAGCAGUUGUCGAUAAGUGAGCUAGCGGCGGAAGACGUGGUAGACAGCGCACCGGUUAUUACCGAGCAGCGGAGGAGCUGGUUCAGCUUUGUGCGACGUUAG